AAUUCUAACCUAGAAUUGAAUACCGGCUGACAGUAAUCAUUGUUUACUAAACAUAAUAAUAUUUCCACUAAAGGAAUAUUGAUGGUCUUGUUAAUAAUUUGAUUAGAGAUUAAUAAAAUUUAAUCAUGACGACAAAUCCACGUAAAGGCACGGAUCCAGUGCCUAUGGAAGAAAGUGAUCAACUCACUAUUCGACCACUUGGUGCUGGACAGGAAGUCGGUCGAUCAUGUAUAAUGCUUGAAUUCAAAGGAAAGAAAAUCAUGUUGGAUUGCGGUAUUCACCCUGGCUUAUCGGGAAUGGAUGCUUUACCCUUUGUGGAUUUAAUUGAAGCUGAUGAAGUGGAUUUGCUGCUCAUUUCACAUUUUCAUUUAGAUCACAGCGGAGCACUGCCAUGGUUCUUGACGAAGACAUCAUUCAAAGGCAGAGUAUUCAUGACGCAUGCAACAAAAGCCAUAUAUAGGUGGCUUGUCUCAGAUUAUAUUAAAGUCAGUAACAUAUCAACGGAACAAAUGCUGUACACAGAAUCGGAUCUGGAAGGUUCCAUGGAUCGUAUAGAGACAAUAAACUUCCAUGAAGAGAAGGAUGUGAAGGGAGUCAGAUUCUGGGCCUACAAUGCAGGGCAUGUGCUUGGUGCUGCUAUGUUUAUGAUUGAGAUUGCUGGUGUUAAAAUUUUAUACACGGGGGAUUUCUCAAGGCAAGAAGACAGGCAUUUAAUGGCUGCAGAAAUACCCAGCGUCCAUCCAGAUGUGCUCAUUACAGAGUCCACAUACGGCACGCAUAUCCACGAGAAGCGGGAAGAGCGCGAGAGUCGCUUCACCAGCCUGGUGAGCGACAUCGUGAUGCGCGGCGGCCGCUGCCUCAUACCCGUGUUCGCGCUGGGCCGGGCGCAGGAGCUGCUGCUCAUUCUGGACGAGUACUGGUCCCUGCACCCCGAGCUGCAAGACAUACCGAUAUACUACGCGUCGUCGCUCGCGAAGAAGUGCAUGGCGGUGUACCAGACCUACGUGAACGCGAUGAACGAUCGCAUCCGCCGGCAGAUAGCCGUCAACAAUCCCUUCGUCUUCAGACAUAUAUCAAACUUGAAGGGCAUAGACCAUUUCGAGGACAUCGGUCCGUGUGUGAUCAUGGCGUCCCCCGGCAUGAUGCAGUCGGGGCUCUCCCGGGAGCUGUUCGAGUCGUGGUGCACCGACCCCAAGAAUGGAGUUAUUAUUGCCGGUUACUGUGUGGAAGGCACGCUGGCCAAGACGAUCCUCUCGGAGCCGGAGGAGAUCACGACGAUGUCGGGACAGAAGCUGCCGCUCAAGAUGUCGGUGGACUACAUCUCGUUCUCGGCGCAUACGGACUAUCAGCAGACCUCGGAAUUCAUCAACAUACUGAAACCGCCUCAUGUGGUGCUGGUGCACGGCGAGCAGAACGAGAUGUCGCGGCUGAAGGCGGCGCUGCAGCGCGAGCACCGCGCGCGGCUGGCCGUGCACACGCCGCGCAACACGCAGCUGCUCGCGCUCACCUUCCGCGGCGACAAGACCGCCAAGGUGAUAGGAUCCUUAGCAGUGGAGCCACCUAAGCCCGGCGAACAACUGCAAGGUAUCCUGGUGAAGAGGAACUUCAACUACCACAUAUUGGCGCCUUCCGAUCUCAAUAAGUACACGGAGCUGUCGCAGUCGGAGGUGGUGCAGCGGCUGUCGGUGCACUUCGGCGGGUCGGCGGCGCUGCUGCGGCACGCGGUGGGGCGCGUGGCCGGCGCGCUGGCCGUGCUCAGCGACACGCGCUGGCGCCUCUACGGCUGCCUCGACGUCAGCGUCGACCUGCCCGUCGUCACCAUCGAGUGGCAAGCGGCGCCCGUGUCGGACAUGUACGCGGACGCGGUGGUGGCGGCCGUGCUGGGCGCCGCGCCCGCCGCGCCCGCGCACGCGCCGCUCGCGCCCAAGCUCGACCGCAUGCACUUCAAGGAGUGCGUCAUAGAGAUGUUGCAAGAGAUGUUCGGCGAGGACUCGGUGCCCAAGAUAUUCAAAGGGGACAAGCUGCACGUGGAGGUCGCCGGCAAGCGCGCCCACAUCGACCUGCUCGCCAUGGAGGUGAAAAGUGAAGACGCGAGUCUGGAGCGCACGGUGCAGUCGGCGCUGUCGCGGCUGCACGCCGCGCUGGCGCCCGUCAAGCCGCCGCCGCUGCCCGCGUGCUGACACUCGCUCUACUCACCCAGAUAGUUACUGAUUUGUGUAUUUCUUACUGAAUAAACUGUAUAAUUUAGU